GUGCUUUCAGUGCCCAGCACGCAGCGCAGCGGCCGGUCGCGGUGGCAGAAAAAUGACACACAAAUCCGGAUAAAUGGCGAAGUUUAAGAUGAAGUUCUUCCAGCACUGGCUCUUUAUUGUUCUGCUCCUGCCUUCAGCAAGUGUUGUGUGUUUCAGCGAGUUGUCCUUCAUCACAGAGCCCAGUGAUGCUACCUUUCUUCCAAAGCGCCCUGCGGUCUUGGACUGUCAGGCCCACGGGCUGCCUCCGGUCACCAUCAAGUGGCUGAAGAAUGGAGCUAAGUUGGCACAAAGUGAGCACAUACAGUUCCUGCCCAACGGCUCCUUGUACAUACCAAAGAUAAAGCAUACCGAGGAGGAUUCGGAUGAAGGAUUCUACCAGUGCCUCUCCCAGAACAAAUAUGGAGCUAUCCUAAGCCAAAGAUCACGUGUGACUAUCGCAAGCAUCUCAGAGUUUGUCUUGCAUCCUGUACCAAUGGAGGCGACCGAGGGCUCAUUGGCACGAUUCUCCUGUGCUGUCACCUCUAGCCCUCCUGCAACAAUCACCUGGGAGCUCAACCAAAUAACAUUACCACUACAGACAGACAGAAUAACCGUUUUGCCCAAUGGAGUCCUUCAGAUCUACAAUGUACAACUGGAGGAUGCUGGACAGUAUCGAUGUGUGGCAACUAACAUCGGCAGCCGUUUGAAGAGUAGAGAGGCCGAGCUGACAGUGAACCAAGAUGUAGCCCCUAAACCACGUCAGAGGCCCAGAAUCAUUGCAGGACCUCAGAAUGUCACCGUUUCUCUUCGCGAAACGGUGGUUAUGGAGUGUGCGGCCACAGGCAACCCCUGGCCCAUCAUCUCCUGGAGCCGUGCGGACAGUAAACCCAUUGAUGUGUACAACGCCAAGGUGCUGGGCAAUGGAAACCUUGUCAUUACUGAUGUCAAUUCCAAACACAGCGGAGUCUACCUCUGCAGGGCCACCACACCUCGGACCCGCAACUACACCAUUGCUGCAGCCAACCUCACAGUUCAAGUGCCGCCAUCCAUUGUGGAGAGGCCCGAGAGCCAGACCCGUCCAAGAGCAGGCACUGCCCGGUUUAUGUGCCGGGCCGAGGGAGUGCCCCCGCCGCGCAUCACGUGGCUAAAGAAUGGAGAAGAGGUUCACUUAAAUGGGAGGGUUAAGAUGUACAACAGUAAAUUGGUGAUUACCCAAAUCAUCCCCGAAGACGAUGCCAUCUAUCAGUGCAUGGCAGAGAGUGAACAGGGUUCUGUGCUGUCCUUGGCUCGCCUUAUAGUAGUCAUGUCAGAGGACCGACCCAGUGCACCAAGAGAUAUCCGUGCUGAAACCAUCUCUAGCUCUGCUAUCUUACUGGCCUGGGAGAGACCGCUCUACAAUGCAGACAAAGUCAUUGCCUACUCCAUCCACUACAUGAAGGCGGAAGGUUUAAACAACGAAGAAUACCAAGUUGUUAUUGGCAACGACACAACCAGUUAUAUCAUCGAUGACCUUGAGCCAGCUCGAAACUACACCUUUUACGUCGUGGCUUACAUGCCGAUGGGAGCCAGUCGUAUGUCAGAUCAAGUUAGUCAGCAUACCCUGGAGGAUGUGCCUUUGCGUACCCCGGAGCUGAGUCUGGUCAGCCAGAGCGCCACAGACAUUAAGUUGAAUUGGCAGCCGCUGCCCGCCAAGGUGAGCCGCGGCCGCUUGUCCGCAUACAGACUGUCCUAUCGCACGGCAGCGUACGGCGCUGUCACGUCUGUGGAGCUGCCGCAGAACAGCACCGAAUAUCUGUUGGAGGGCCUGCAGCCUGACACCAUCUACCUGCUCCGUAUGGCCGCAGCCACGCGUGUGGGCUGGUGCGAGCCCUCCUCGUGGACCUCGCACCGCACGCCCAAGACCUCCAGCAGCAAAGUGCCUUCAGCCCCUACUCUUCAACUUGAGCCGCUUAACUGCACCUCCAUUGUGGCCCGCUGGCAAACCUCCCCACAAUCUGUGGUUGUCCAGGGUUACCGGCUGUGUUACCAUGAGGAAGGCCAACCGGAGCAGCCCAUCAUCCAGCUGCAGGCUCAAACCUACACCUACACCAUCAGUGGCCUUGACCCAAGAAGAAAGUAUCAUGUCAAGAUUCUGGCUGUCAGUCAAGCUGGAGAUGGCUAUCAGACAGACCAAACAAUAAGCACCCCGGGAUGUCUGUCGGCUAGAGACCAAAUGGCGGCAGCUCCUCCGCCUCCACAUCAUGUGACCGUCUUGGCCAACGGUUCAUCGGCGGUGUCUUUGAGCUGGAGCCGUCCUGCUUCCCCCUCUGGAAAGGCCGUCAGCUACACAGUGCGUUGUACGCCCGUGGGCACCCACAACGCCUCCGCCAUACGCUACCUGCAAACAACCCGACAGAGCGUGAUGGUUCAGAAUCUGGAUCCAAACACUCGCUAUGAGUUUGUCGUGCGUCUUCAUGCGGACCAGAUGUCGAGUCCCUGGAGUUCUGUUGUUUAUUAUCAGACUCUGCCUGCAGCACCUCGCCAACCACCCACAGCGGUGCGUGUAAGUCUGAUCGAGGAGGACACUGCUCUGGUGUCCUGGAAGGAGCCCCAGGAACCCAAUGUGGUGGUCACACGCUAUACCAUCCUUUACGCUUCCCAGAGAGCCUGGAUGGCGGGACGCUGGCAAAUACUGCAGAGGGAGGGGACCCACACGAUGGCCCUGCUGGAGAAGCUGGAGGCCGGGAACGUUUACCUGGUGAAAAUAUCUGCCUCCAACCAGGUCGGGCAGGGGCCUUUCUCCAACGUCGUGGAGCUGGCGCUGAAGUGGGGAAACAACCACCGCAGCAAGAACCCCAGGCACUCUGACAGCUCCCCAGAUACAGCAGUCCUGUCCGAUGGUGUCUACCACAUAGACCAGAGGUCUAUGACAGGGAUCAUUGUCGGCGUGAGCAUCGCCUUGGCCUGUAUAGUUAUGUGUGCCUUAAUCCUCAUCAGUAAGGGAAGACCAAGAAAACCCUCCAGUCACAAGGUCACGGCCGGGGGCGCUGCUGAUGGUCCCCCUGCUGCUUUCUCCAUGGCCAAUGAACUCCACAGAGAGAAUGUUGAGGCCCUCGUCCCCAUGAUAAGUCACCACUUUCUAGAUACCAAGGGUGAAGCUAAUAUGGUCAUAAAUACCGCCGGUCCAAUCGGCAGUAAGAGUCAAAGCAAGGGGUGGCUGCUCCUGAAGAGGGAAAUCAGGAAUCCAGCUGAAAGUGAUGCUGAGAGGAGAGCGAGCUUGUACGAAGCUGGAAGAACAGUCUUGAGGUAUGACGAGCAGUUCGGUUCGGCGCCCUUGCCACCGUCGUCCCGGGAGAUCAUCUAUGGGCCGUAUCACUCAGAGAGCUCCCAAGCCAGUGAGGGCAGCCGAGAGACGGGAGACUCCGGAAACUACUCCAACGAAGAGACCAGCAACCCUUCGACCAGCCGAGGCUCCAGACCCGGGUCUUUCGGGUCGGACGACGGCCCCGCUGGCGCUCAGCUGAAACAGUCUUUUGAGGUGGCGAAUGAGGAGACAUUGAGGCAUCCCCUCCACCGCUCCGCCCCCGGCGUCUCGGAGGGCCCCCGCCCGGCGCCGCACACCUCCCAAGCGGUCGGCUCCUCCUGACGUCGCCCCGGCCCUAAAUCUGCUCUCCAGCAGCCGGAGCUACGCCACUUCUACCUCGUUCGCCUCCUGAGAUGAGCCACCGGGUUAUUUCCUGAGGCCCCAGGGACCAGGACGCCAGCUGCUGCGAUGGACGAAAUGUGCUUUUGCUUCGGAUCUACCUCAGGAUUUUGUCUGAAUGUUUGUUACAACAUCUCAUUUCCAUUUUCGUUAACGUUCUACCUGUUUGUCUUUUUUGGCGUUGUCUGUCCUGGACCAAAGCUCACCCAUGAUGAAUGUUAAAAAGAAUGUCAGAAAAAGUGCUGUGAUACAUUUUCAUUAUAUUUAAUUACUUUCCACUGGAGCAGAGGGUGAAGUUGGGCCCCUUUCACUGAUUAUCUACCUCCAUGUUCUGUUCAUAUGUAUACAUUACUACCUCCUUUCCACCAUAUAUUGUGCAGUAUUAUCUCAGGGGACAAGGUGAAGACAUUUUAUUGCCAUGUCUUGAUAUAAAGAUUGAGGGGGGUUAUAUUGAAUUUUUGUAACUUUAAUUUCCAUGGUUUUAAGAGCUUUUGUUUCACAUUAUUUGUCUUUGAAUGUUGGAUGUUGUGAAAAUAACAAGUGCAUUAGAUAUUGUCAAGCUAAUUGAGCUUUAUCAUACAAUAUCGUUUGGCAUUUCCAGUGCGCUGAACUCAAAGCUUUAACAUGGCCUUAAUAUCGAAAGGGCUUUUUGCAUACUAUAGAAGAGACGAGAUCCAAAGAAGAGGAAGAUUCUACCCAAAGAGUUUUGAUAAUACAAUAGAUAUUCUAAGGCAACCAAAAAUAUAGAGAAUAUACAUUGAGGGUGCGUUUGCCAAAAAUAUUGUUCUUGCCAAUGAUGUAAAUUUCCCAUAGAAUGGAGGCUUGAAUGCUUUACUCAGUAGACAUGUUCUCGAUGCUUUAUUCUGGUGAAAGCUUUAGCACGUCUCCCCGGCUUGUGCUCCGUAUGCCUUCCUGACCAUUGCUAAAUGCAGCGGUGAUGCCGAUGCUAUUAUCCAAAGAGUUGUCUCCUUCCUCAGAUGGGUGUGGCUUUUAUUCAGUUGAUCUUUGGUGCUAAGAGGUGGAAAUAUUUGACACGAGACCAAAUAUGUAGUCCAAGCAGGGAUAGAUGGUGAUAUUUAUUCUUGUUUGGAGAAUCAUCUGUUACCUAUCAACAAUAUAGCUGUAUGGGGAGAAUUCUCUUUCUCUCUCCAUUGUACUUCCUGUCCAGGUGUGACGAUGAAGGAUUCAGACUAUCAAAAUAGAAACCCUAUGUGUGAAGAGCAACAUAAUCAAGUUUUAUAUCUUUGUAAUACAAAUAGUCCUAACCAAAGAAAUUUGAAGUCUCUGUUAUUUAGUGAUUUUCUUUGGUUUCCACUUACAUUAUUUGCAUUUAAAUGUGAUAUAAUUUACAAUGGUUUUGAUUGCUAAAAGGGCAUUUUGAAAAAGCUUGAGAUAUCAAACUGUUCUGCUGUAUUUUAUAUCAAUGGGAUUUUACCUGAAUGAUUCCCACGUAGAUUAAAUUGGACAUUUUUGUUUAGUUUUUCUUUAUAGCAUGGAGUUGUAAACAAAAGCAUUUCUAAAUUUAAUGCAGCUGGUUUUAAGUUCAAAGCUUGUCUGUGUAACGUAUUAUGAUAAGAGGUUCAUUUGAAAUUCACAGAUCAUUUUGCUGACUUAACUCAGGUGCCAAUUGUAGAUAUAUAGAGUAGACUUAAAUGGUAAUGUUUAAGUUAUGUUUUACAUUUUAUUUCUGCUUUUGAAUAGCAAAAUACAUCUUCUAAUCCAAAGUUAGCAACAAAGAAAAGUAUUUUAAGUGGUGAAAUGUUGCAACAGACAUUUUUGAUACCCUCAAGAUACUAGAUAAUAAAAUUGUUCUUGGAAAAA